AUGGCUGCCUCGGUCAAGGAUAAACGUGCUUCCUCAUCCAUUGAAAAUGAAAAGGUUGAUGUUGUGGUUCCACCAUCUCAACAACAGCAGCUGCAACCCGAGGUAGAAGAAGAGGAUAAUAGCAUGCAGCCUGGUGUCAAGAAAAUUGAACUGCUCAAGCAGGUGUGGACCAAGUCUGAUAUUUAUAUCAUUUGCAUCGGUGUUCUGUUCGUGUCAUGGUCCUCUCACUGGGAAGGCUUCAUUCUCCAGACUAUCAACCCCAACGUGACCAGCUCCUUUGGCGCUAACGCAAUCAUGAGUAUCCUGAGCACCGUUACCAACAUUUUGCAGUCUGUUCUGUUUCCUACCUACUCCAAGUUGAGUGAUAUGAUCGGUCGUGCUGAAAUGUUUACUGUGUCUACUAUCCUCUAUGCCGUCUCUUAUAUAAUCAUGGCCACCUCCCAAAACUACGCAACGCUCGUGGGCGGUAAAGUUAUUAACACCUUGGGCGAUACUGGUAUUAUGAUUCUUUGCCCAAUUUUGAUUGGAGAUUUGACCAGUGUGAAGAAGAGAGGCUUUUACCAUGGUCUGUUUAAUAUUCCCCGUAUUAUCAACUUAUAUGCCACAUCUUAUGCCGGCAAUGCCUUUUGGUACAGUGGCAAUUGGCGCUGGGGUUAUGGCCAUAUUCCAUUCCUUCUUUGCGGUAGCGCUGUCCCUCUCUUGUUUGGCCUUUUUCGUACCCAAAAAGUGUUCAAGGAGCGCGGCCUGUACGAUAACUACAAGAAAGCCUACCGGGAGCGACACGGUCACCGUAGCCGAUGGCAUAGCUUCAUAUGGUAUCUUGUUCAAAUCGAUAUUGUUGGUGCAAUCCUUCUUGUUGGUGGUCUCGCUAUGAUUCUUUUGCCUCUCGUGUUGGCCAGAAAGCAGUUCGGCGGUUGGGCUACUGCCAAUACUCUUGGUACCCUCUGUGGUGGCGUCGUAACUUGGGCCUUGCUUGUCAUUUGGGAAUGGAAAUACGCCGAAAAGCCUUUAGUGCCACUCACCAAGUGGCCUAAUAACACUGCCAUCUUGGGUGUUUGUGCUGUUUCUACGGUGACCAUUAUUUCAUCGACCAAUUGGCUUUACUUUAAUACCUAUCUUCAAGUUUCUCGUAAGAUCUCUCCUGGUCACGCUAGUAUGCUCGGUCGUGGUUACAAUACCGGUUAUAUGGUCGUGCAGUUCAUUGUCGGUUACUUGAUGAUGAAAACUCGUGUUUGGCGCCCUUACGUAUGGGGUGGCGUUACAUUGAUGAUUCUUGGUGUCGGCCUCAUGAUUCCCGCUCGUAAACCAAGCUCUUCGGAGGCAUUCGUUGUUAUCUCUCAAACAAUUGCUGGUAUCGGUUCGGGUAUGAUGGACAUUCCAUUGACUGUAGCAGUACAAAGCUGUGUUCCUCACGAUGAUAUGGCCAUGGUCACCGCCCUGUUUCAAGUCGGUGGUUCUAUUGCUGCUGCUAUUGGCUCCACGAUGGCAGGUAGUAUUUGGAACAACCUGUUGCCUCAAAAGCUUGAACAAUAUGUCCCUGGUGACUUCGAUGCCGCUCAAAUUAUGGGUUCGAUUUCGGUUGCCCAGGGCCUACCUGAAGAGCAGUACCAAGGUGUCGUCCAAGCUUACAGUGAGGUGAUCAAGACAUUGUCCACCAUUGCUGUGUGUGUCGCUGUUCUUACUUUCUCCUUUACCAUCCGCAUGAGAUCGUUUGGUCUAUCGGACAGCCCUAAAAAUCGCGAAGAAAUGGAAAAGCAAAAAGAUGCUUCGGAUACUACUACUGCUACUAUUGAUGAAAAGGCAAGACAACGUGGUAAGAAAUGCAGUUCUCGGAAAUGGUCAGAUCCGCAGCAUUUCUUUGGAAGUGUCCAGAAAGAUCCUCCUGUUCGAUCAACGCGUAUUGUGUAUGAUGGGAUAUUUGUUAACGCUCUACAUACAUAG